CCACAUGGUCCAGUCUAAAAAGUUUAGAUCCAGAUUUCUUUUUCUCCAUGAGAGGCUUAAUUAAAGGACGGCCAAACACUUUUUAGAUCCCUUGUUGAAUCCAAUUUGAGCUUUCCAUAUCCCAAAAACCGGAUCUUUAAAUCGACGGCCCUUUAGAUUUGGGGCCUUCUGCCCAAAAUCGUGAAUGAUGGAAGCGGAUGAGUAGCGGUUGAUGACGACUAAGGUGCGCACACGAUGGGGCAACCUGCAGAUGGUCAGCAACGAGGUGACCCACUGCGAUCAGCGACAAGGCGACCCGCAGCGGUCAGCGACAAGGCAACCCACAUCGGUCAGCGACAAGGCGACCCGGAGCGGUCAGCGACAAGGCGACCCGCGGCGGUCAGCUACGAGGCGACCAGCAGCGGUCAGCGACGAGGCGACCAGCAGCGAUCAGCAACGAGGCGACCAACGGCGGUCGGUGAUGAGCGACCAGCGGCGGGCUUCUAGUCUAGCCCUUGAGUUUGAGAAACGGAAUGCACCUGUGCAUUUCAAGACAAGUUAUAUGGGAUCAGGUCGGGGUGUUGGUUCCGAUUCUACCAUUGACCCAUACCGAGAGUUUAAAAACUUGUCCCAAUCUCACUCGCCCCAACCACAGGCAUUCUCAGGAUCUUCAAGCUCAACACCAACCUUGCCCGUUUCGAGAUUUAGUAGGGACGAGUCGAUGAAGCAGCAACGCAGGGAUAAAGGACUUUGCUAUCGGUGUCGCAAUCCCUUCAGGCCGGGUCACUAUUGUUCGACUUCAUCUUCUACCUUCUCCUUGAUGGAAGUUGAUGAGGAAGGUAACCCGAUGAAUCCUAAGCAUGUUCCCAUUGAUGGGGAGGCAAAAGAGGAGGAAGCGUCCUUUAAUGGAAUUCUGGGAACGCCAACGUCCGCCACAAUGAAAUUAAGUGGAAAAUUACAUGGACAUGAAGUUCUCUUGUUAAUUGAUAACGGUUCAACACACAACUUCAUCUCUGAAAAACUUGUGGAGCAAGUUAAGCUACAUGAUUCCUCUGUUCAGACAUUUGGGGUACAGGUAAGAGACUGUUUUAUUAUUCAGUGUGAUGAGAUUAGCAAGUCCGUUUCAGUUAAGCUUUCAGGUGAACACCAAGUUCCUACUCCAAUGGACAAACUCACCACCGAAGACAAGAAAAAACUCUCCUUGAAUGCCAAAGCACUAAACGUGUUGUUUUGUGCCUUGGGUCAAGAUGAGUUUGCUAGGGUGAGCUCUUGCAAAUCCGCAAAGGAAGCAUGGAAGCUCCUAGAAGCCACGCAUGAAGGAGAUAAAGACACAAAAGCUACCAAGAUAGCUUUAGGAACAUCCGAGUAUGAAAACUUCAAGAUGAAGGCCGGAGAAUCCGUUCAAGAUAUGAACAAACGAUUCAAUCUCAUUGUCAACAAUUUGAGUAAGCUAAAUAAAGUUUAUCCUACUAGUGAGAUUAACACCAAGAUUAUAUUCUCUCUUCCUAGAGAGUGGCAUAGUCUUGUUGUAAAUUUGUUGCCCAAAUGUGCGGAUGUUGAAACCUCCACCAUUUGGAGCAGCCUAUACUCUCGCGAGCUUCUUUUGAAGAAAAUGAAGGAAGAAGAACAAGUUCCUAUCAUCAAGAAGACCAUGGAACUCAAAAUUGAUGACCAUCUGGAAAGCGAAGGAGAAAGUGAUGAGGAGCUUGCCAUGUUCAAGAGAUACAAGAAGUUUAUGAAAUGGAACAAGGGCGAAUCCUCAAAAAGAUUUCCAUCAAAUAAAGGUAAACCUAAUCAAAUAACUUGCUAUGAAUGUGGAAAUGUAGGUCAUAUCAAACCGGAGUGUCCAAAGCUCAAAAAGAAGGAAGAGCUUAAAAAGGGGAAGAAGAAGGCAUUAAAAGUCACUUGGGACGAUUUAAACUCCGACGAAAGUGAUAGUGACCAAAGCCAAGAAUAGAACGCAAAUGCUUGCUUCAUGGCCACCAAUGAUGAAGAAGAGGUGAAAAAUACCACUUGGGUUGUGGAUAGUGGAUGCUCGAGGCACAUGACCGGAACAAGAGGAUGGUUCACAAAUCUCAAGGAGAAAAGUCAUGGACAUGUGACCCUUGGGGACAAAUCUCGGAAGAAAAUAAUUGGUAAAGG